AUGAAGGUCAAAUAUAUCAGCAUCGUUGCAAGCUGCAUUGCCUGCGCAAAUGCGGCAGUGGUGACACCACCCCUGGAUUCAGAGGGAAUGCAGGCUCUCGUCACCAAGGAGAAGCUUCUAAGCAAUCUCAAGGAUCUUGAGAGCAUCGCUUAUGACAAUGGCGGGAACCGUGCAUUUGGCCUCCCAGGCUUCACUGCGUCGUUAAACUACGUCAAGUCCCACCUAGCGACCUCCAAUAAAUAUAAAUCAUGGACACAGGACUUCACAACUCGAUUCCGCCAACAAGCCGUCAGCUUCACUGUCGCUGGAAAGGCAUACUUUGUCGCCAGCAUUAACUACUCUUCCAAUGGACCGGACACAACCUUCGACGUUACAGCCGCAGUUGUCAAGGGCCCAACUGGCACCGCUGCAUGCAGCCCAGAUGCUUAUUCUUCCCUUGAUGUAAAAGACAAAAUCGUCAUUGUUGGCCGUGGCGAUUGCCCUGAUGGUCAAUCCGUUGUCUCGCGCCUACGUCCCGCAGUAUCUGCCGGUGCUGCCGCCAUAAUCAUCCACAUGGAUACACAGGAGGGUAGUGAUGUUCUUCGGAAUAGUAUCCUCCAAGUUUCUGAUCCCCAGACUUUCCGUCCUACCGCUUUCAUGGACUACAAAGAUGGUCUAUCACUACUCUCCCUGCUGGAGACCGGUGAACCUGUGCCCGCAAGGUUCGUCCAGACAUUUGUCGAAGACGUCCGUACGACCCAGAAUCUGUUUGCCGAAUCAAUCGCUGGCGACCCGAAUAAUGUCAUCAUGUUGGGAGCCCACCUUGAUUCUGUCCAAGAUGGACCUGGAAUCAAUGAUGACGGUUCUGGAACCUCCCUCCUCAUUACCAUGUUCCAUGCCCUCCAGAACUACCUCCCGAAAAAUAAAAUCCGCCUCGCAUGGUGGGGUGCUGAAGAGCUUGGACUUGUGGGUUCUAGAUACUAUACCUCUAAUUUGUCUAAGGCAGAAGCAAACUCGAUCUUGCUCUACCUUAACUUCGACAUGGUUUCUCGAGGCUACUAUGGUGUCUUCGACGGUGAUGGCAAAACACACGGUUUGGCUGGCCCACCCGGAUCUGACGUAAUUGAGAAGCUCUUUAUCGAUCACCUAGUUGCUAAGGGCAUCCCCAUCACUGCCGCAGUCUUCACAGGUGGAAGUGACUACGCAAGUUUCAUGUCCACGCUCAAGAAGCCAGUUGGUGGAAUGCACUCUGGGACAGGAGUCGCCCAGGACCCGUGCUACCAUAGGAGAUGCGAUAACUAUUCAAAUGCUAAUGGGACACACUUGGAGGUAAUUGCGAAAGCAGCGGCACAUGUUCUUAGUGUCUUAAGUAACGAAGGAGAAAAGAUGAUUCCAAAAACACUGAUGGAGCCCAGCAUGGACGGAAGAAUGAGGAUGGAUAUGGUAGAUUCAUUCCCUUGGACGACUGUCGAGGGUGAGCAGCAUUUGGCUGUUUGCGGUGGACAUGAUGACUACUAUUUGGAACAGUGA